CUAUGAGAUCAGAGGUUUGGAAACAUCUUUUAGAAGGGAAUCCUAUCGAACUCAGUACAGUACUGACCUCACUUUUACUCAUAGGCACUGCUUAACAGUUCACCGUUGGAAAUAAUGUUACAGUGGAGUUUUAAAGUACUGAAGGAGAGGCAUUUAUUCUGGACAGUGUUCUGUGCUUUGAGCCUGCUGGCUGCUGGUAAUGAAGCCAUAUCAACUACUGCACCAGCUUCAGAGAGUCCUGCAGUAAUACCCAGCAAUACAACACAGCCAUUGACAAGCAGCAACACAACAGAAUUGCCAUCUGGGAACUUCUCCAUCUCAACUACUAAAUCAACAGAUCAAAUAUUUUCAACUGAGGCAACAAAUGGUACAAAUGUCACCACCCCUGAAACACUCACUGCAAAACCCACUUCAAAUACAACAGUGCAAGCAUCUACAACACAGGGCAGUUCCAGAAAUGAGACAACUCAAAACACAACUUCAACACCACUUCUGACAUCUACUUCUACAGAGCUGCCAAAACAUACGUUUUCAAAUACCGGUACACCUACUGCAACUGAAGCUGGUGACCGUAGUGCGAUGGUUAACAUCACUUGCCUCAAUAUCAAGAACGUUAAGACCACUGAAGUGAUAUGCUUGGAAAUCAAUGAGGAAUACUCUUGUCACCAGUUCAAAAAACAAAAAGGAAUGGACCUAACAAAUGUGGUUUGUGAAGAAAACCCAUCUCAAUGCGAUAUCAAACUGUCAGAAUCAGAAGUGAAGCGCAACUGCAUACUGCUGGUUGAGGCAGCAAAUAAAGGUCCAAGUGCAUUAGAAACCGUUCUUCACCAGAAGGCAGCAUUUUUGGAACAGCUAGGGAUAAAGCCCCACAAACAGGAGGACAUUUCGAGUCACAAGGAAUAUUCCCGGAAGACACUUAUUGCCUUGGUCACCUCUGGUUUGCUGCUGGCAUUUCUGGGAUUGGCUGCAUACUUCCUUAUGAAACGACAGAGCUGGAGCCCCAUGGGAGAGAGGCUGGGUGAAGAUCCAUAUUAUACAGAAAAUGGUAGCCAUGGCAACACUGUGGUUUCUGUGGCCUCUCAUGAACAGUCUGACCUGCAGGAUAAACCAAACUUCAAUGGAGGGGCUCGGGAAAAUGGAACUGGUCAACCAACCUCAAAAAAUGGACAUUCAACCAAGCCCCAUGUUGUGGCUGACACUGAACUGUGAAAAGGAUAUGGCCAAAAGUCUUAUUAACAUGGCUGGAAAGACCAGAGUGGAAAUAUAGAGGAGCUAGAGUGCAAGGGUGCCAUAAAUGGAAUCAUUAUCCUUUUAUUUUUACAAAGAAUUCAAAAAUCCCAUUCCAAAGCAUACAUUUUUAAUGAGCUGCCACAGGACUUAGUGGUGUGUACAAGCUUUCGUUUGUACACACUUUCGUUUGUACAAGCUUUCGUUUGUACAUGAAGUUAGCAAGCUGCUUCAAUGGGAUUUGGCUUGUUCAUAGUAUCUUUUUUUGCUCUCUCUCAGACCAAAAUGAGAUGUGACUGUCCCUUACAACCAUCUAUCUGGGGAAAGGAUAGGGGUGCUUCUCUAGAAAUUUAGAGUAGAUUUAUCAUAGUUAGGAAUUUGAUUUUCAGCUCCAGUGCUGAUUAGGGGGAGGAAGGAUCUCUUCACAGUGAGAAUAAAUAAAAAUAAUGAACAAUAAGGCAUUUAACCACCUAGGUCAACAAUUCUGAGUACUGAUUCACAUGAUGACCCUUUUCUUAUGACCCUUUUCAACACAAGAGAACCGGUGAAUGCUCAAACACAUGGCUGUAUUUUGCCUCAACCUAGCUCAACCCACAUUUAUUUUUUUUUCAAGAUACAAAAAAUUGCCAUUUGGAUGCAUGUAAGCUGUAUUUAUUGGUCCAAGUCACUAUACUAAAUCACUGAAAAGGCAACCUGAGAGUUAAACAAAUUGUGUGCAUCAAACCUCAGGAAACCUGCCAACAUUCUUACUUCUUUGGUUGGUACCAUUUGUCAUUCCCACAUCCAGACCCAGCUCAGACAUCUCACUCCAGCCUUUCUACUAUGUGAUACAAUGCCCUUAACACAUACUGACAGGAACUCAGCAGCCAACCCAGCCUUCUGAAGUACCAUUUGGCAAUCACCAAACAACAUUAAACACUUCAAUAGACUUGCUUUCAGCAGAAAACUAGAUGGUUUUUCAGGUGAAAAACAUUCUAAAAUAUUGAAGGGCAGUUCCAUAUUCAGCUAGGAACUGGCAUAGGCAACUGGCCCAAAACUACAAAUGUUGCUCAUGUCAGCGAAAUAUUUCAGCUAGGAGAUUCUGUCUCCAUUAUUCCUAGAAUC